AUGGGAGCCAAGAAUUCAAAGAGCGACUUUGUGGACGAGGCUAUGGAACAGGCUGAAGCCAAACCAUUGGACAUAAAGGAUCUGCCAGUGAUGGUGGUGCUCAAGGUGUUCUAUCAUUGUUUCCAAGGACGUCUGCCAUCAAAGGACUACAUCACAUUGAGUACAGUCUGUAAACAAUGGCGUGUAUUUGCGAUAUUCUCAGUGACCGAUAUCCAACUUGUACCACAACACAUGCAACACCUACUCAUGCCCUACAAGCCAUGGGUACUAGACAGUGCGCUUCAAUCAAUCACCAACCUGAUGGUCAACAGCACGACCAUCACCAACGUCGACUUGUCCAACUCAGAGAUCGACAGUGCUCGCGCGAGGAUCAUUGGCGAGGGCGUGGCGCGGUCAACCUCGCUCAAACAUCUCAGUCUAAAUGGCAGUGCCAUGGAUGAUGCGGCGGCCGAGGAGCUGGCCGACGGACUGGCCGUCAACAAGACCCUGUCCACAAUCGAUCUGUCGCACAACCACAUCGGUCCCACGGGUGCACUGGCCAUCGCCAAGUCAUUGGAGCCAAGCAAGACCAUCGGAGUGAUCAAUCUCUCAAACAAUCAGAUCGGCAAUCAAGGUGCGAUUGAGAUCACAAAGGUGUUUGGCGCGCAGAACAAGUCGCGUGUCAAGAUCGACUUGUCAAAGAAUAGGAUUGGAGGCGAGGGUGUGCUGGCCAUCAUCAAGGCCCGUCAGCAGUCCAAACAUGUCAAGACAUCCUACGUCUACACGAGCGGCAUCAAGUACACCACAGUUGAUGGAAGAUGCAUGCUUGUGGCUUCAAGAGUUGAAGCUUAG